GCCCGCUGAGCGCCGCCCCGUGCAGGCAGAGCGCGCGGCCAGCCCCGGGGCCCACGGCGCGGCGUGGCGGCCGGGGAGGGUGGCGAGCGGCGAUGCGGAGCCGGCCGGGGCACUUCGUGGACCUACGGCUGAAGCAGCGCGUGAAGCAGUACCUAACAAGUGGUAAAUGUGGCCAAUAUGUUGACAUUGGAAUUCUAGCAUCAGAAUUACAGAGAACCUACAGUGCAGAAUAUGGACGAAGAAAAAGAAAUGCUUUUAGAAUACAAGUUGAAAAAGUGUUUGGAAUAAUCAGUAAUGAAAAAGGACGUGAAGAUUUAGCAGUUUUAGAAGCUGAACAUGUGGCAAAAAGAGCAAGACAAGGAGAAGAGAAAAAUGAGACUGCGGGAAGUACCACGGAUGGCUCAGAUGGUGAUUAUCCAGAAGACCUAUCUACAAAUCACAUGAACAGCUCCCUGCUGACCUUAUACAAGAAGGGAAAUCCUGAUUCAGUUCUGACCACUCCAAAAAAUGAACCUUUGGAAACCCCCCCUCCUGUGCAAACAACAGCACCCCGAACAAGCACUCUUUCACCGGGAACUCGAGUUGAAACGAGAAUCUCUGAAGGUGGCUGGUUCAUCGAUAAAACUCCCUGUAGAAAAGACUUCUUUGUUGACCUUUCCGAGGAUGGAGAAGGAGAUGAGAAGAAAUUGAUUCCUGAGAAAUCAACAGAUUUUUCUCACUUGGAGAGUGAAAGAAAGAAGACAAAGGGUAAGAGAGCAAAAAGAAAAAAAGAAGAAUUUCCAGAUGUAGAUGCACAAAUUGAAUCUAUCUUACUUAAACAGAAAGUUAAAAGUAAGGGACCAGAGCUUUACCACCCUUCAGUGAGGUUUGAGGAUGUAGGAGGCAAUGAUGAAACUCUGAAGGAAAUAUGCAAGAUGCUGAUUCAUGUCCGUCAUCCUGAAGUCUAUAACCACUUAGGUGUAGUUCCACCUCGCGGUUUUCUUUUACAUGGACCACCAGGAUGUGGAAAGACACUACUUGCACAGGCAAUUGCUGGGGAACUUGAGCUCCCAAUGCUGAAAGUAGCAGCAACAGAGAUGGUGUCUGGAGUGUCAGGGGAAUCUGAGCAGAAACUGAGAGAAUUAUUUGAACAAGCUGUGUCCAAUGCACCGUGCGUCCUUUUCAUAGAUGAGAUUGAUGCAAUCACCCCAAAAAGAGAAGUUGCAUCGAAGGACAUGGAGCGGAGAAUAGUUGCCCAGCUUUUAACUUGCAUGGAUGACUUGAAUAAUGCAGCUGCCACUGCCCAGGUCCUUGUUAUUGGAGCGACUAACAGACCUGACUCAUUGGAUCCUGCACUGAGGCGAGCUGGGAGAUUUGAUCGAGAAAUUUGUUUAGGGAUCCCAGAUGAAGCAGCAAGAGAAAAAAUUCUAAAGACUCUGUGUCGAAAACUUAAGCUCCCUGAGUCCUUUAAAUUUCAUCAUUUAGCACAUAUGACACCAGGUUAUGUAGGAGCUGAUCUGAUGGCACUUUGUCGUGAGGCAGCUAUGUGCACAGUGAACAGAGUCCUGAUAAAAUCUGAGGAGCAGAAAUGGAAAUACACACAGGCUGGAAGAAACACAGCUGAAGAAAGCAUGGAAAUUGGAGCAGAAAUCCUGGUGAAAGAGGAUACCAAACAGCUAGAGCUUCCCUCUAAGGAUGAAUUGCAGAGACUUUUGGAUUUGCUGAAGCAGCAAGACCCCUUGCCCGAGGAGCAGCUGCAAAAACUGUACAUUGAGAUGAAUGAUUUUAUUGUUGCACUGUCAUCAGUGCAACCCUCUGCCAAGAGAGAAGGCUUUGUCACAAUUCCUGAUGUGACGUGGGCAGAUAUUGGAGCUUUGGAGGAUGUUCGGGAGGAGCUGACUAUGGCAAUAUUGGCACCUGUGCGGAACCCAGAGCAGUUUAAAGCUCUGGGCCUGACUACUCCAGCUGGUGUUCUGCUUGCAGGGCCUCCUGGGUGUGGUAAAACUCUAUUAGCUAAGGCUGUGGCAAAUGAGUCUGGACUGAACUUCAUAUCUGUGAAGGGUCCUGAACUGCUAAAUAUGUAUGUUGGUGAAAGUGAACGUGCUGUACGUCAGGUAUUCCAGCGUGCCAGGAAUUCAGCCCCUUGUGUUAUAUUUUUUGAUGAAGUUGAUGCUUUGUGCCCUCGGAGGUCCGACCGUGAAUCAGGAGCCAGUGUCCGAGUAGUUAACCAGUUACUCACAGAGAUGGAUGGCCUGGAGAAUCGUCAGCAAGUUUUCAUUAUGGCUGCCACCAACAGGCCAGAUAUAAUUGACCCAGCUAUCCUGCGUCCUGGCAGACUUGAUAAAACGCUCUACGUGGGUUUGCCGCCACCUGAAGAUCGACUUGCUAUUUUAAAGACCAUCACCAAAGAUGGCACUCGCCCGCCAUUAGAUGCUGAUGUAAAUCUUGAGGAUAUUGCUUAUAGUCAACACUGUGAUUGUUAUACGGGGGCAGACCUUUCUGCUCUAGUGCGUGAAGCUUCAAUUUGUGCCUUGAGACAGGAAAUGGCCCUGCAGAAUAGCAAAAGCAAGAAAGGAGAAAUCAAGAUUUGCCAUAAACACUUUGAAGAAGCUUUUAGGAAAGUGAAAUCCUCAGUAUCAAAAAAGGUGAGAAAAGCUUCAAGUAAAGACUGGUCCCUUCUGGAAAGGAUAUUCUUUAUAUGCUAGUGACUGGUGGGAACAGUUAAGGUUAGAGUAUACUUCUAUAUGUGUGAAAUGAAUGACACUAGCCCUAUUUCUGCUUUUAAAAAAAAUAAGUGCUUUUCACAAGUUUAGAAACUAAAGUUUCCAUUUUUUAGCUGCAGAUGAUACAUAGCAACAUUCUGGGUAGACUGAUAACCUUGACAGCAUGGUAAUCUUUAGGUUUAGCAUCUUGGACUUUUCAUUGACAUUUCCAGAUUAGUUAUUGACCUGGCUCUAACCUCUUUCACCUGUGGAGUUUUCAGUUAAAAGUAAAGGCUUUUAGACUGCAGCUCACUUUGCCACCACCUUUUCUCCUCCAUGAUGAGGAGACAUCUAAUGAGAAGACAUUCUGAGAUAAGACAUAAAAAACACUUUAUAAUUUUAGUAAUUUAAUCAGUCUUUCCAUGAUUUGCAUUUGGAAAGGAAGUUUGUGUUUUAACAGUCACUUUAUGGCCUGUUUUUUUCACUGCCUGAAAGGUAAGCUCUUCAAUCAUUUCAAUCACUGAGAAGUUAGCAAAUGUAGCAGUUAUGCUGCAGAGCUUCUCUAUGUAUAGGUUUGUGUAUUGCUGACAGAGUAUAUUUUAGUCAAAAUACAUUAAUAUGUUCGCUUUAAACACUAGCCAGAGAACAGGUAACUAUUCCCUUUCAGUAUUAUUACAUAAGUGUUGAUGGUAACCUAGAGUUAUUUUCCAAAAUAACUUAAAGGUGAUCUCUGACUCCAAACCUCUUGAAAAGUUCCCUCUCCACCGUCCCCCCCCCCCCCCCCCCUUUGCUAAUCACUAAGAAAGUUGUUCAGGAACAACAGAUGAGCAUUUAUACACCUCCUCUAACACAGCAAUGACUGGUAAGUAUUAGGACAUACUCUCUCUGGCUUUUAAGAGUUAACCAGAAAUGUAAUAUUUAAACAGUUUUUGAGAUGCAGAAUGACAUAUCUUGGAGCCCUGUAUUUCAAUUAAAUUCAGCUGGAGAAUUUUCAGUUAAAUAUUUUGAAAUAUCUUUUGGAGUACAAAUGGAAUACUCCCAUUUUGAGUUCCUACUUCUUGUCUGGCAGACAAGUCUGAUCUGACAAAGCAAAAAGUCUACAUGCAUUCUCCUGUGAAGAUCAGAAACCACAAAAAGCUGCAUCUCACUAAUUCAGUGCCCCAUUUAAACUUAUUCUCCUUUUCCCUCCUGUAUGUACCUGAUUUCAGUUGGCUUGCUUUUGGCUUAAUUGGUUGGUAGAUUUGAGAGAAAUCAAAAUAAGUUUUUCUAAAGCUAUGGAGAAAUGCCAGCUUUUGUAUUCAGUUUUGUCAGUGGAAGUUAAUGUCCCAAAUUACUCACUUCCUCAAAACCAUCAUUGUGAGUGACUUGUGAAAAGGAUUAAGAACAGUUACAGUUAAAACAGCUAGAUUGUAUACAAAGUUUAAAUAGUAGAUCUUUGUAAAGCAGGCUUAUUUUUGCAGAAGCAGAUUGGAGAGUAUCUCCACUGACAAAUAAGGCAGUAGCUUUUUAGUAAAACUGUGUUCUAAGGCUAACAGGGUAGUAUGAAAUAUAAGAGCUCUGCCCCAAAGGCUUUUGUUAAUUAUAUAUUGCUGGUGACUGUUACCGGAGGACCUCAUUUAUAGCGGGCGGGUGUUCACCUCUAAUUAGCUUUUUGUUCCUAAAUAUUUCUAAAACAAAACUAUAGCUAGUGGCUUGCAUAGUUGGUUUACUUCAUUUUCUCAUUAAAUAACAUAUGUAAAGUCACAAUAUUGCAUUUAUUUUUAGUCUGCUGAAGUCUGUCCUCUCUCUUAUCUUGGCACUGUUAGGAUCAAAUACUGUAUGAAGAACUGCGUCAGUCACUGCACAGAUGAUACAUUUGGACAAUUCCCAAAAGAAACUUACUGUACGGUGGUGGAGAAUUCAUAAUACCUGUGCCUGACUUCAAGAGAAGCUGUACCAGAUCUUUGACAUUUUAAUCUGCAGCUGAUAAAAGGUCGUUGUAACCUA